AUGGACUUCAAGUUUGUCUUUUCCGAUAGUUGACCAGAAGGGAUUUUCUGUGGAGAAAACCAAACUAUUCUAUCCAUCCAUCAAAGAGGGCCACCGAAAUCUAUAGUUUGCCCGCUCAAAACAGGAGACUCAAUGCAAGGAAGAGGUGAUUACAGUAAGCGAAACUAUGGCUGUCCAUGGCAUCAGGAGCUGAAAAAGGAGCAAGGUGUUGUUCGAGAUAGCUUGACAAAAAAAAUACCUCAAUCGUUAAUCUUCAACUCAGAUAAUUCGAAAAGCGGAUUAAUCUCUUGUCCACUCUUAAAUUGGAAUAUAAUAUAG